AUAGAAUUUUCAAAAAAAACCCUUUAUCGUAUCUGUAAAUGUACCAUCUGGAGGAUCUCUCGUAUAAUUUUUGUGAGAGAAAAUCCCGCAAAAAAGAUGGAAAUUUUAUACGAGACGAAGUCGAACAACAAGAAGAAGAACUUCCAAAAUCACACACCCAUUCUUCCUUUACCACUAAUACCCUUUCUCUCCUACUUCGGCCCACUCCCCAAAAUCCAUUAUUUAUACCUCUUCUUCUUCUUCUUUCUUUAUAUUUAUACUGCUCUCUCUAGCGGCGGCGUUGGAUUUUCAUUCUUUCACGGACGAUGGAGAGAGGUGUAGUCAAUCUUCAUCAAUCUGAAGUCGAGGAGGAUAAACUCCGUUAUCAAAGGCUACUUGAGGAUUAUCUUCGAUUGCAAAAGGGUCUUGUUUCGAAGAAGAGAAAGAUGCAGAAUUUGAAGCAGAAGAGAUUUGUUCUUCAGGCUGAAGUUAGAUUCUUGAGAAAAAGGUAUCAAGACAUUCUGAAAACUCGAUCUUCCAUGCCCAAGAAGAGAAAGCGAAAUCAGACCAAUACCAAUUCUGCAUUGGAUGAUAAAAAUCCUUAUGAAACUGCCCUUGCUUCAUUCCCAAUGAUGGAAAACAAAAUUGAUGAAACACUGAAGGUUGAAAUGGAACCGGGCAAUCGAAUAAGAUUGGAGAGUGUUUCGGGGAAGAGAAAGCCGAAAGAAAAAACAAUCAAGAAAACAGUUGAAAAGAAAAGAAAUCGUAGCCAAAGCAAUGCUGCCCCGGUUUCACACCCAAUAAUGGAAGGAAUGAUUGUAGAAGAUGACAGAGUUGAGAAGUUAUCGAAGAAUAGUUUAGUUGUUGAUAAUACAGGAAAAAUGGGGAAGAAGAAGAGAGUUACAUGGCAAGAUCAGGUGGUUCCAAAGGUUUGAUCUUUUUUAUCUUGUUCCAUUUGAAAUCUGAAUGUUGGUUGGGGUUUAUUAUAUUUGUGAAGAGGAUGAUAAGUUUUUGGGUUUUGUACAUACAAAAUACAUAGGAAUGACUUAAAUAAAUGAUAGAGAUUCAAUUUUGUUGAUUUGAAGAAGAAGAGGAAUAAGUUUUUUAA